AUGGUCAGCGAUAGGUUCAGCAAAGUACAGAAGCAGAUUGCCAAGAAGAAGGGCAAAAACCCAAACUUGCACGAGGGCAGCCGGGACACAAAACGCAUGCAGCGUGCACAUGCUCGCGACGACAAGCUCAAUCGUCUGACGAAGUUGAGAGAAAAAGAGAACAGACACUACUUGAACAGAGUAAAGGCUUUCCAAUCAUACACAGCGGAGCACACCGCGCCCCUCAGCGUCAAGGAACUCCAGGCCGUGAUCGAGGACUACGUGGGCCGUGAUGAUGAGGAGCUUGCCAAAUUGAAAGCAGAGCGCCGUACAGGAAGACCGCCAAACACCCGCCAAACCCUUUUGGAGCAAGCCAGGGCAACCGAACAGGACGAGUACGCCGCUGGAUUCUGGGUGCCGGACCUUGAGGAUGAGGACGUUCUGAAAAGGUUAAAGCAGUGGGAUGGUAAAUGGGCCAGUCUUGCGACGCUGAAAUUCGCAAGGAUCUCCACGGAAGGCCACAAGAAGGUGUCGAGUUUCCCACCAAAAGGCAUGUCGUGA